CUUUGGACACUGGAUCUUGCUGGAUUUCUAAUCAAUACACAGUCCAGAGUGCGUCAGGUUACUACGGUCAGUGUUAGCAAGAUGGCCGCAAGAGGCAGACUAAUUUGUUCAAAUGGAUUGAAAAUAUUGCUGUUAAAAUUGAUCUUUCUUGGCGAUAUUUGCUUGAUCUCUUGCACAGAAAGUACAGUUUUUGCAGAGGAAGAAAUUAAUGAAAAAAUCAACAAUUAUGUGCAACCAUCCACAACUGAACUACCUGCGUCUAUUGAAGACACAAUAUCAGCAGAGGUGACACGGGAAGAACAGUCUCAAACAGAGGCAAGAUCUCACAUAAAUAACCCUUUCGAUGAACGAAGUAAAACUAUCAGUACAACAAACAUAGAUCACAGCUCAGAUUUAACAAACACUCAUGAAAAUCCUGAAGACCUGUCUUCCACAGAUAGUGGUGGUACUGAACAUGGUGCAGAAACUGUAUCAAAUUUGACUGAUAGCGAGUCUCAGAAUACAAGUGAUGCCAACUCUACCAACAAAAUGUCUCAGCAAUUUUGGAGUUGUGUUACAUACAACAUCAGUGAACAAAAAGUGAUCAUUUUGAAAGACAAAAACAGUUUAGUUUGGUGGCUGGAUGAGCUGAAUAAAACAAUGGGUUGUGCAGUUGUGUUGUUUUAUGCCAAAUGGUGCUACUUUUCGGCAAACCUUGCUCCUUUGUACAAUGCAGUUGGCCGGGCAUUUUCUGGGAUACCAAUAUUGGCAAUCGAUGCUUACACCCACAACAGUCUCAACACCAGAUAUGGUAUAGUUGGUGUGCCUACCAUCAUCCUCUUCCAAGAAAGUCGGCCUGUGGCAAGAUUUAACCGUUCAAGAACUUACAAAGAUCUUGUUGAAUUUAUUCACGAGAGCACAGGAAUGGAGUACAAUUCUUCUGUUGAAGUUGAUGUAAUGGAUUAUGAAGAAGGUCCAUUGCCUAGUACAGUCUCUGAUGACUUUAAUUUCCAUCUUUUUGGCUCCCUUUUUUUCCUUCUAAUCAUGGCUGCGCUAUUGUUAUGGCAUCUUCAAUAUGUUCAGGUGUUUUCAGACUAUUUCAUGUCGCUCUCGCUGGUAAGAACAUUGUUAAGACGGACGGAGAGGGUAAAGAAUGAUUGAAAACAGUUCCACGACUAAGUAAUCAAUUUAUAUCACUACGAAUACAAUCAAUCAAUACUACGUUUUAUCAAGGUUUUUUGGACGAAAAUGAGAUGAUUUUUUGUGGUGUAUGAGGUGAAUAAUGUGUCCGUUUGUGAAGAUGAUUUUCGGGGCUGGCAUAACUUGUCUGUCUUCCCAUGUAUAAUGUCGUUGUUAUUGACAACAGGACGCUCUGAACGUCUGUGAGUUUCUUCUAAGAAUAGACAAGAAUAGGAACAAGUUUCUGAAAACAACGUGUUAUAAAAUACUUAUCCUCGCAGAGAAUACGACGUGCCUCUUGAACGUCAAGCUGUCGUUAAGGUGCUGAGCUUUGGCUAUACUUCAAUAAGGCAGGUACCUGAACUAGACAACGUGGUUCUUAUAAGAGCGUAUUAUUUUACUCCUUUUAUUGUUCAAUAAGACAUAACAGUUGCUUCAUUUGCAUUAACUCAGUCACCCAUAACCCAGCUCGAAUCAAACUCGUUUAUUUUCCAAAUGAGCAAGUGUGAUCUGCUUAGUAAAUUGUUAAAUAUAUAGCCACAGAGUUAUAUAUAUGAGAUUUGUGAAAUUUAGCGGUAAUUUUAAGCAUUGUGUUGCAUUUAAAAGCCUCAAGAUAUAGAAUUGU